CUCGGCGCCUAUUCUCCCCCCACCCGUCACCACCCCACACGCGCUUUCGCCGCACCAAAGCGUCGUGAGCUGCUACUUAACCUAACCCCACCGCCAAACGAUUCCCCAUUCCUGAUUCCAACCAGCCCAUUCGAGUACACACGGGGAGCGGGGGAAGGGAAGCCAAGAACAAGCAGGCGAUAGUCGUCUUCGUGCGCGCUGGUGGGUGUUGACAGAGAGAAAGAGAGAGGAAAGGUCGGAUUUUGUUUUACGGCUGCGCUGAGGAGAGAUGUUGAGGGCGGUGGCGAGGUGCUGCGGUCACUGGCCGCCGGGCGCCGCGGCGGCGGACGGGAUGCUGUGGCAGACGGAACUGCGGCCGCACGCGGCGGGGGAGUUCUCGAUGGCCGCGGCGCAGGCCAACGUGACCAUGGAGGACCAGGCGCAGGUGCUGGCCUCCCCGGCCGCCACCCUCGUCGGCGUCUACGACGGACACGGCGGGGCGGACGCAUCCCGGUUCCUCCGAUCCCGACUCUUCCCCCAUGUCCAACGCUUCGCGAGGGAGCAAGGGGGCAUGAGCGCGGAGGCGAUUCGGAGCGCGUUCGGCGCGGCCGAGGAGGAGUUCCAUAAGCAGGUGAGGCAGGAGUGGACGAAGCGGCCGCGGCUGGCUGCUGUGGGCUCAUGCUGCCUGCUCGGGGCCAUCUCCGGGGACACGCUGUACGUGGCCAACGCCGGGGACUCCCGCGCCGUGCUCGGCCGUCGAGUGGUCGGCGGUGGGGUGGCCGUCGCCGAACGGCUGUCCACCGAGCACAACGCGGCGUCCGAGGAGGUGCGGCGGGAGCUCACCGCGCUCAACCCCGACGACGCGCAGAUCGUGGUGCACGCCAGAGGGGCGUGGAGGGUGAAGGGGAUAAUUCAGGUGUCAAGAUCCAUUGGCGAUUUUUAUCUGAAGAAACCAGAGUAUAGCUUGGACCCCUUGUUUCGGCAAGUUGGCGCCCCUAUUCCAUUGAAGAGGCCAGCUCUUAGUGCUGAACCAUCAGUUCAAGUACGCAAGCUGAAACCAAAUGACCUAUUUCUGAUAUUUGCUUCGGAUGGUCUUUGGGAGCACCUCAGCGACGAUGAUGCGGUGCAAAUUGUCUUCAAGAAUCCAAGAACAGGGAUAGCCAACAGAUUGGUGAAGGCUGCCUUGAAGGAAGCAACCAGGAAGAGAGAGGUCAGGUACCGUGACCUGAGGACGAUCGACAGGGGAGUGAGGCGGCAUUUCCACGAUGACAUCAGCGUCGUUGUGGUCUACCUUGAUCGCCACCGCGAGCGCCGCCACACCAGGGUCAUCGAUUCGAGCAGCAACUGCACCAGUGCGCCCGUCGACAUCUACUCCUCCAACACCCACCAGUCAGCAGAGCCCUUGCACGCUUAUAAGUGCUGAACUCUGGGUAGAGGAAUGUUGGGUUGUCUUGCAAGUUAGGCUCUCUCUUGCUGGUGAACGGUGGAGUCGCAGAGCAGGGGAACGACUCGCUGCAGUGUUAUUGCCAUCGGAAGAACUCGGAGAUGUACAUAGAUAGCGUGGGGUGCGUAGCAUUUUGGUGCCGGAGAAUAUCAUUUGGUCCCGAACUACGUAGAUAAUUGGUUGAUCACAGCAUUUUCUUGUUUAUUUUUGUCUGAUUAUGCUUAACCAGCAGACAGCAGUAAGCCCGUCCAUUGGAUCGGAAUUAAUUUAAGAGAUCUGUAAUACAGGGGUGUCUUGAAAUAGUUGAUGACGAACUGGAGGUUAGUGGAGACCAAAGAAUAUAUGCUCUGCUUACGAUCUGGAAGUUAGGUUGUGACCUGAGAAUAUAUACUCUUUGCAACGGAUGAGAUGCUCCUUAUUUCAUUUAGCAAUGCCUUUUGUCGGAAACUUCUUUACUUUAUGUAUAGUGACAAGAUUACCUCUA